UGACUCAGAGGAUGCUCUGAACACUGCUCCAAAAAGCGGAUGCAUUUCCUAACGCAUAUGAAAUAAGGGGCUAUUUUCUGUUUUGCCCGCUCUUCAGGCGCCAUUUUCACACAGGUUACUCGUAACGACACAGAAGGAGCUGCUCCAAGAGCCUCUUGGUGCUGGGUGGCAAGGGUUAAACGCGCCGUCUCUCUGCCAUUGGGCGGUGAGACUACCGAGAGCCAGCCAUCUGCAAGGAAAGCAGCUGUCGCCUUCACGCAAGAGACGUUAGACAUCAGUGAACGAAAACAGUGUGGAUUCACCCCAAGACUUGUUGAUCUUUUUCCAUAAACAAAAAGCGGAGCGAUAUGUGUAUGUCUAGAGAAGAAGAACGAGCUGCUGUCUACCGGCAGCAGCAUUUAAACGUUGACGUUCCUGCGUUUUCUCCUUUUUAAAUGCUUAAUUUCACACCGCUGUCAGCAAUGAGUCUUCACAAAUUAAGCUGUACGGUCGGGCUCCAGCCGACGUUACACUUAACUCUUUAGUUACAAGCAGCUCAAAUAAAAUGAAACAGCUCGGAGAACCACUGGUAACACCGCCUGUCCCAUGGCCAAAUUCAUAGGGUAGUCUGCACAAAAUACGAAAUGGAUAAACCCUCCGCAGGAAUGAGUAAAGUUGGCUCUCGCUCGACAGCCUCUCUGCCCCCGGAGCCUGUGGAUAUAAUCCGGAGUAUGUCGUGCUACCGGCGUGUCAAACUGAACGUAGGGGGUCUGCCGCACGAGGUCCUGUGGAGAACCCUGGACCGACUGCCGCGCACACGAUUGGGCAAGUUGCGAGACUGCAAAACCCACGAAUCACUCAUGGACAUAUGCGACGACUACAACCUAGACGACAACGAGUACUUUUUUGACCGGCACCCCGGGGCGUUCACGUCUAUACUGAAUUUCUACCGCACUGGGAAGUUGCACAUGAUGGAGGAAAUGUGCGCCCUGUCCUUCAGCCAGGAGCUGGACUACUGGGGGGUGGAUGAGAUCUACCUGGAGUCGUGUUGCCAGGCGCGGUACCACCAAAAGAAAGAACAGAUGAACGAGGAGCUCAAACGGGAAGCUGAUACUCUUAAGGAUCGCGAGGGCGAAGAAUUCGAUAAUACGUGUUGUUCAGAGAAAAGAAAGAAACUGUGGGAUCUACUGGAGAAACCAGGCUCUUCUGUAGCAGCCAAGAUCUUGGCCAUCAUUUCUAUUCUAUUCAUCGUGCUCUCUACUAUCGCUUUGUCUCUUAACACCCUCCCAGAGCUGCAAGACACAGACGAGUUUGGUCAGACAACUGAUAAUCCCCAGCUGGCCCAUGUGGAGGCGGUGUGCAUCGCUUGGUUCACCAUGGAAUAUCUUCUCCGCUUCCUUUCCUCACCAAACAAAUGGAAAUUCUUUAAAGGUCCCCUCAAUGUCAUCGACCUGCUGGCGAUCCUACCGUAUUAUGUCACCAUAUUCCUGACAGAGUCCAAUAAGAGCGUGCUGCAAUUUCAGAAUGUACGGCGGGUGGUGCAGAUCUUUCGAAUCAUGCGGAUUUUGCGCAUCCUCAAAUUGGCACGUCACUCCACUGGGUUGCAGUCACUGGGCUUCACGCUACGACGGAGUUACAACGAGCUUGGCCUGCUUAUCCUCUUCUUAGCAAUGGGGAUCAUGAUCUUUUCAAGUCUCGUUUUCUUUGCGGAGAAGGACGAGGAUGACACCAAGUUUAAAAGCAUCCCUGCCUCCUUCUGGUGGGCUACUAUUACCAUGACCACUGUUGGAUAUGGGGACAUUUACCCCAAGACGCUUCUGGGUAAGAUCGUUGGUGGUCUCUGCUGCAUAGCAGGAGUGUUAGUUAUUGCCCUACCCAUUCCCAUCAUUGUCAACAACUUCUCUGAAUUCUACAAGGAGCAGAAACGGCAAGAGAAGGCCAUAAAGAGACGUGAGGCUCUGGAGCGAGCCAAACGCAAUGGCAGCAUAGUGUCCAUGAAUGUCAGGGAGGCAUUUUCCCGUGGUGCUGAGCUUCUGGAUGUGGUGGUCAUGGACAAGGGUGAGAGAACCCAGGACAACCAUCUCUCACCCAGUCGAUGGAAAUGGUCAUCCAAGCGGGCAACUUCAGAGACCAGUUCUAAUCGUUCCUUCAACCCAGACCAAGGUUCUCCUAGCAAGGCGAGAGCUUCUAGUCCACAGAGGCUAAACGCACAGAAACUAGAAGAGAUGUACAACCAGAUGGCAAAGACACAGUCACAGCCCAACCUAAACACCAAAGACAGAAGUUCAUCCCGUGCAGGGCAUAGAAGGGAUGAGAUUGAGCUGGGAGCCUUGCCAAGUCAAGGAGGUGACCCAUUGAUUUUGGGUCGUGAAGGGGUGGUAGACAUGAAAAGUCUUUCAAGCAUUGACAGUUAUAUCAGCUGUGCAACAGACUUCCAAGAGAACCCACGAUUCCCCUACAGUCCGGCAGGAGGUUUGUCCCUUCAUGAGAGCUCUCGGUUCUCCCACAGCCCAGGUUCUGGCCUCUCCGCUCGGGUCAGCGCUAAUCCGAGCCUGCAGACCACCUUGGAGCACGAGACUAUGCUCACGCCACCAUGCUCUGGUGCUAAACCUCUGAACAGCGAGAGUUUGCGGCAACCAGGGCUUCUCGGAAACUCUCAGAAAAUCCAUUCGGUUAGGGUGAAUCAUCGCAAUUGUGGGGAGGCCAGCCCAUCGGGUGGUCCUCUGUCUGACAGCUCUAUUCUUUCUGACCACUCCAUUCUAAGCCCUGAGGUUUCAGUCUACACAACUGCCAGCUGCAGGACUCCACCUAAGACACCCGAGAGAAAGGCACUCACCCCUGCAGUCUUCACUUUUCACGACGCGUCCAUCAGCAAGUACAUCGAUGCAGACACAGAUGACGAGGAGCACUUGCGCGAAGGUGGCCCAUCGGAGCGCCUACUGGGUGGCCUGAGCUCCAAGCCUCGGCUCAGUGGUUACCAGGGGGCCACCAACCACUUGGAAGCCGCCCAAAGGCUGCUAGGUCAGAACUGCUUAUUCCCACUGGGAAGUAGCCCAAGCGUUGGCCAUGAGAACCAUGUGGCUUCAGAGAACUCGCGAAGGCCCAAAGGGGACAGGGGACAUUCCAACGCAUUUGAUAAGGGCCUCUGAGGCCUCAGGGUCGUGAGUUGGACUCCAAGAAGGGAAAAAAGGCCAAGUUUAGUCAAGGACUUUGGAGAAAGCAGAGACUAAUGUACAUUGGAGAAUCAUUUUACAGGCAUCUGACCAGGGGGCCUACCCUGGUGACUUUAUGCGGGAGAGUUCACUGGAAAACAGUGGUCAUGUUACAUCAUUAAGGAAGAGGAUCAUGAGGAUGUACCACUGCCUACACCUCUUGUCCUUUUUCCUCUUCUGUAAACAAGCCUGCAUUGAUGCGUCGCAGGGGUAAGAUAAAGCCAGAGCGGAUCUGGUCUACGGUUGUUUGUGAAAAGAACAGAAUGUAUGCUAAAGCUUAUUUAGCUUGAGGCUGAAAACUUACCAGACAUUUAAGCGCAGAUGUGUAUGGUAAAUCAAGGGGGACAGUCCGUCACUGCCCACUUCAGCUAGUCACUGUCCAGAGCCCACCUUAAAGAUUAGCAUUAGAGACAUGUAAUACCCUGUUUACUAGUGCACCCUUCCCCUGUCCCCUAAUAAACUGGCCUUACUUAACUGCAGUUAUGGGUCUGCAUACAGUAUGAGUGUUUGUGUGCAAGCGUCUUUGAAAUAGGGAGGGCUGAUGGUAUGAUAAUGUGCACGUAUAAAGUAAUUAACAUUCCUGCACACAAGCUCACUCUCCACAUGGUAUGUGAUUCUACUUGAUUAAUUUAUUUUUAUAUAGACAUGAAGAUUAUCUGUAGAAGUCUGUCUCACAUAUUUCUUGUGUCAUAUUCACCAGUAUAAGAAUAAACCGUCAAUUGUUUCAUCGGAAUAGACCAAAAUCUGUUUAAAUUUACCUCCCCUCAUUUACUUGUGUCAUCUUUAAAGGGACAGUUCACCCAAAAAUUAAAACUCUGUGAUUAAUUACUCAUCCUUCAUGUCGAUCCAAACCUGUAAGAACACACAAUAAGAUAUUUUUGAUGAAAUCCAAAAGCUUUCUGAUCUUGCAUAAACAGCAAUGUAAUUACCACGUUCAAGGGCCAGAAAGCUAGUAAGGACAUCAGUAAUAGAGUCCAUGUGAUAUCAGUAGUUCGACCAUUAUUUUUAAUGCCUUUAUUCAACAAUUUCUUCUCUUUAGUGCCAGCACGUUCACAAGAGUUUCUCGUAGCAUCAUAACAUAUGGAAUGAGGGUGAGGGUGAGUAAUUAAUGACAGAUUUUUCAUUUGUGGGUGAACUAUUCAAGUUUAGCAGAGUUUAAAGGGAUAGUUCGCUAAUAAAUGAAAAUUCUAUUGUUGUUUACUUUGUCUCAUUUCAUUCCUGUUUGCUAUAUUUCUUCCGUAUAACACAAAAUAGGAUAUUUAGAAUUUUUUUAUACAGCAAGUGGGGUCAGAUGUUGUUUUGACCCAAAUAUUCUUCACAAAUAUAAUCUUUUGUGUUUGUCAGAAUAAAGAAGUGCAUACAGAUUUAAGAGGGUGAGUGAAUUAUGACAGAAUUUUCUUUUUUUGUGUUACUGUCCCUUUAAAAUUCAAAAUGUGUUGUUAUUUAAAACAAUUACUGAAGGUUCGCUUCAUGCUGUGCGUACAUGUAUAAUACUGUCUUGCAAAAAGCCCAUGUUUAUGAUUGCAUUUUUAUUUAAAUUAUGUAAAAAAAAUUACGUAGCACAUGCUUAUUGGCAGCCCAAACAGAAGCAACAAUGAGAAUGAACGAACAACACAUACCUCGCCUGUUGUUACCAGAUCUUGGUGAAUGAUGGAAGGCUAGAAGAAAUCUGACCAAGAUAGAAACUACUGAAAAAUUCAGGUCAACAUUUCAGCUCGAAUUACCAGUUUAAAACAAAAAUAUUUCUGAAUAUAAGAAGAAAUAUAUAUUUCUAAAGUAUUUUCUAGAAGAAGUGAGGGAGACGGUCUCAUACUUUUGCAUUGCCAGGGAGAAUGUUUAUUUUAAAAUAUUUGAUUUAAUAAAAGGUUUUAUGGGACCAUUUGUGUCCUCAGUUGUUAUUCAGGCUCAACAUACACUGCGUGACCAAGAUGACCACCGGUUAAUCCCAAACAUUUAUCCUUUUUGAUAGAGAGCUCUGUAAUACAUUACAUACUGCAUGGCCAUGUUUACCUCCGAAUUUGAUACAAUCCCUUCACGCUGCACAACCUUAAUAUCCUUAAAAGAUUAGAUCCUUAUCGCCAACAUCCUCACAAUUCUGUAACCACACGCAUACACAUAGUCUAUCCAGCAUGUAUUCACAGGUAUGUAGACAAUGUCCUGAAGACGACUAUAUCCAGUUUCCAUGGUGACCACAAGCCCUCCCUGCUAGCGCUCGUAUCCAAUUUGAAAACCGGGAUAGCGAGGGCUAAAUUAGAUCAAAAACAUACACUCAAUUGCAUCCGUGUCAACAAAUACCAUCACUAAAAGUCACAUUGUCAGAAUCUGCUUGUCUCAUAGAAUAUGUAUGUGUGUGCAUGUGUUAUCUGGGGAGCGUGAAGAUGAUGGAGGGGGGGAAACUCGGCCUCUCCCGAGACUUGUGAGUGUGUGUACGCUUCCAUCCUUGUCUCAACGAUUUUAGCUGAGUUGAACCGAGGUGUGAACGGAAUACCAAUUUUCUGCAAGAGAGCGGGAGGAGGGUGUGAUUGGGAGGAAGAUAAAAAAAAUGCAAGUGCAAGUGAGAGGGAUAUUCCCUCUCCCCUCAAUAAAGAAUAAUUUAUGAACGCGACGAUGUGUGCUGCUUACUGUAAUGGUGGGAGAGGAAGCUGCUUUGCGAGAGCUGAGGUCCCUUGCUCCACUUGUGGUCUUUUAUGUGGAUAUUAUAUAAUAUCCAUGAUCUGUCGGGUGUAUGGUUCUCGUUUUAUGCCCUAUUCAUUCAGUAGGUUUGUAUGGAGAGAACAUAGCGCUAAAAUGUGACUUUACUGAAGCCAUUCAAAACUCUCUUUCCUGUAUCUGUGUUAGGCUGUGCCCUGAGGUCAGUGUCAACCCUAGUUUUUUUGUAAUGAUCCAUGGGUGAAUCUCACAAAGAAAUGUCUGACAAAUUUCAUCCAAAAUUCUAAAGACAAUAACUUAAUAUGUGUAUUCUAAAAAUGAUUAUUAAGUUAUAUUAUUUUACAUUUUUUACCAUGCAGAAUGUUGUAAAAUUUCUUUUUUUAUAAAUAUGCGGCCCUGGACCACAAAACCAGUCUUAAGUAGCACGUGUAUGUUUGUAGCAAUAGCCAAAAAUACAUUGUAUAGGUCAAAAUUAUUGAUUUUUCUUUUAUGCCAAAAAUCAUUAGGAUAUUAAGUAAAGAUCAUGUUCCAUGAAGAUAUUCUGUAAAUUUUCUACCGUAAAUAUAUCAAAACCUAAUUUUUGAUUAGUAAUAUGCAUUGCUAAGAACUUCAUUUGGACAACUUUAAAAGUGAUUUUCUCAAUAUGAAUUUUUUUUUGCACCCUCAGAUUCCAAAUUUUCAAAUAGUUGUAUAUUAUAUUGUCCUAUCAUAACAAACCAUACAUCAAUGGAAAGCUUAUUUAUUCAGCUUUUAGAUGAUUAAAAAUCUCAAUUUCAAAAAAAUUAACCAUUAUGACUGGUUUUGUGGUCCAGGGUCACAUAUAUAAAAAAAGGGAAAAAUUAUAUAUGUAUACAUAUAUAUAUAUAAUUAAAGUUUUUUUUUACACCCCAAAUUUUUUUUUACACCCCCCCCCCCCAAUUUUCAGUACCACAAUAUGUCUUAAUGUUUUGCUUUUGAGUGCACACAAAACAUACACACAAAACAUUAACUGGAUACUAAAAAUUUGUAAUUACACAAAAAAAAAAAAAAAAACAUAAUACAUAUACAUUUUAUGGAUUGAAAAUCAGGGGGAAAUGUUUUAAAAUUGGCAUGUAAAAAAAAAUAGAUAUAUAUGUAUAAUCCAAAAAUUUUUACUGGCUCCUAAUAUUGCUUUCAUUUUUUAUGCAAUAUACAAUACCAUUUUUUCCAUAUUUUUUUACAAUAUAACCCAGGCAUGUUCUUGACAGUUUUUUUGAGAUUCACCCCCAUAUAGUCCAUGUUAAUUGCUCAAUCAGAGAUGUCAGAGAUUAGCAUAUGUUGUGUUAUUGCUGAUAUAUGUUCUGCAGAUGUCAUUCUGUAAAGUCCCACAGGAACACUUGCAGUGCAGUGUGCAUAGAGCAUUUACAAAGAUUAGAGAGAAUUAUAUAUGGGUGAUUGUUUUGGGGAUAUUUUUGACACCAGUCUACAAACAGUGAUGACAAUCAGUUAUUUGAGUCCAAUGUCAGUGUCUUAUUGGAUGGUCUGAUGGCAUUAAAGGUGUUUUGUCUAAAAUACCCACCCACACGACAGUGCAGGUUGCAAUUCAUUCAAAUUAAGUGGUAUUAAAUUUUGCUCACAGACGUGUCAAACUGUGACGACCUGAUGAUGCUUUUAACAUCAACAAGGACGCUGUUUGAAAAAUAAACGUCACUUUUGUUAUUUUUGGUUUACAGUUACAUGUAUUAGAUAAUCGGCACUUUGACUUCUAAUUAAGUUUAUUAUUAAUGAGAGGGUUUGUGAUUAUUUAUGUAUUUAAUUUCAAUGAGAAAGCACAAAUAAGAUUUAUUUGAUUUUCUUGUUUUCUUAUGAGAUUGUACAAUAACAGUGGUAACUAGAAGUAUGAAAUUUAGCAAGUAUUUCAUGAUUAAAAGAAAUUACCGUAAACAUCCAUAUAGAAUUUCCAGGGAACUAAAAAAAAGAGAGCACUGUUUACAAUCCCUCCCUUCCCCCUAAAUCUUCUACAAUGUUGUUUGUAGGUCUAAAGGCUGUUUGUUUUGUAAUCUUUCUACCUGUUGACUUUCUAUGCCGUUGUUUCUGUAUGUGUGUUCUGUUGUUUAAUGCAUGUCGUACCUCUGAAGCUGUAACUUGUUCUGUAUGUGACAAAAAGCCAAUUCCUUGUCUUGUAUAGGAAAAAGAGCCAAAAAUGUGUCAAAAUGUCCUGAGAUCUUUUGAUUUCUUUGCAGUAUGAAGAAGAGAUAUCCCCCUCCCCCCUUGGUUGGCUGGAAAUCAAAUAAAUGAUACAGAUUAUUAAUUUUA